CACGCAGGUCAGAAAUAACCUACCUUAACAAAAUGUUCGGCACUUCACAUUUUACUAAUAGUAGUAAAUUAAACAUCGCGCUAGCAUUAUCAAAAAUGUCACCAAGAAAACUCCACAAAAAACACAACGAAAAAAAUUCUGCGAGUGAAAAUCAUCGCGGAAAACAACUUUAAUUUUACUCUCGGAGAAAAAUACAUAACCUUAAAAAAUGAAAGAGUGGCUGAAAAUCUCGUUGAUACUUUGCCUUUUCGGGUUCCUGAAGGAAAUAAGGCCGUCGGAACCCUUCAUCUACGAGUUUUUAAUUGACAAGCAAUGGAGAAACGUUACGGACGACCAGGUCACGCAAGAAGUUUAUCCUGUGGGAAUUUACGCGUAUUUGGCUCAAUUAGUGAUAGUUUUUUUAAUUACCGAUAUGUGCAAAUACAAACCUUUGAUAAUUGUUUGUGGAUUGUCAGCAAUCGCCGUUUGGGCGCUUUUAUUAUGGACAAAAACUCUAUUUGCUCUGCAAGUGCUUGAAGUUUUGUAUGGAACAUUUUGUGCUACCGAGGUGGCAUAUUACACAUAUAUUUAUGCCAAAGUCGACAAGGAACAUUACCAGUUGGUCACUUCCCACACCAGGGCUGCAAUAUUGGCAGGGCGAGCUCUUUCCGGAAUAAUUGCUCAAAUUUUAGUUUCCUUUGAAAUUAUGGAUUAUCGGGAAUUAAACUAUAUUACUUUUACUGCCAUGAUAUUUGCGACUCUUUGGGCAAUAUUUCUACCAUCUGCCAACCAAAGCGUCUACUUCCACCAAGACUCGAAAAGUGCCCACUCGGCAAGUGAGAAAACAAAGAGCGCCCUGAACAAAAUGCGGCACCAUUUUUUUACUUCGUUCUCUAACCCUUACAUCAUUAAAUGGUCGCUGUGGUGGACAUUGAACUUGUGUGGUUAUCUCCAGGUGCAGACGUACAUGCAACCGCUGUGGUCGGUUAUCCAGACUGACAAGAGCAAGACUAUUUACAACGGAGCCGUCGAGGCGAUUUUGACGGUGCUUGGGUUUUUGGGGACCCUAGCUGGGGGCGUUUUGAAAGUCGACUGGCCGAUGAAGGGCGAACUGGCAAUGUCGAUAAUUUCACUUCUGGAGGGUUUCGUGCUCCUCUAUAUCUCGCAGACCGGAAGCCUUGAAGUGGGGUACGUGUGCUACAUAACUUUCGGUGGAUUUUUCCACUUCAUGAUAACCAUCGCGAGUUCGGAAAUAGCUAAGAAUAUUUCAGAGGAUGGUUUCGGUUUGGUGUUUGGGAUAAACACUUUUUUUGCGUUGGUUUUGCAAUCGAUUAUAACAGCUGUUGUCGUCACCAAAAACGUGGGAUUUGCGUUGGGGCCCCGUGAUCAGUAUUUUGUGUAUGGGAUUUUCUUUAUUGUUGUGGGAGCGCUGUAUAUUGUAAUUGGGUUGUCUUCUUGGUUUACCAGCAAAAAAGAUAUGAGAAAGGCCAGUAUUGCUGUAAGCAAUAAAAUUUAGGUGCCAAGAUUGUUUUUUUAUAUCGCCAAACUUAAUAAUGAACAAAUAUGUAUUGUUAAUAUUCAGCACCAGUGCACAUGUGCAUACUUUAAUUGUUUUAAAAUAUUUUUGUUCUUUAUUAUUAACAAUAAUUAUUGUUACAUUUAUUGCUCUUUAUAUGUUUAAGAUUUUAUGGCAGUUUUUUAAUUUAAGAGACAAAUUUUUU